CCAUAAACUCAAUUGUUUGUUUUCAUAUGUGAAAAACCUUGAGCUAAGAGAAAUUCCUCUCCGUCAUCUCAUUUACCUCUCUGCGCUUUCUCUCUCAGAACAAGAGAGAAAACGCAAAGUGGAAUCUCUGAGAACUUAAUAAUGGAGGAGAAGAAAGCGGGGUGGAAGAGAUUUGGGGUGUUGCUAUGCGCCGAGGAUUCAGAUUACAUGAUGAAGAUGUAUGGAGGGUAUUUUGGGAAGUUUGUGGGAAUGCUGGAGGAGGAAAACGAGAGUUGGGAUGUUUACAAGGUUUCUGGAGGAGAGUUUCCUGAGGAUGAUGAGUUGAGUCUCUAUGAUGGUUUUGUGAUCACUGGAAGUUGCAGUGAUGCGUAUGGGAAUGACACUUGGAUUCAUGACCUCAUGGCGUUGCUUAAGAAAUUGGAAUCAAUGCAGAAAAAAAUUCUUGGCAUUUGCUUUGGCCACCAGGUACUUGGGCGUGCAUUGGGAGGAAAAGUAAGUCCUUCUCCAACAGGUUGGGAUAUUGGUGUGAGAAGCAUAACAUUGUCAUCUUCUUUGCCUUUGUCUUCUCUCGAUCUGCUACCAAGGCUUUCCAUUAUCCAGUGCCACAGAGAUGAGAUACGGGAGUUGCCCGCAAAGGCAGAAGUGAUUGCCUGGUCAGAGAAGACUGGGGUUGAAAUGUUUAAAUAUGGAGAGCACAUUAUGGGAAUCCAAGGCCACCCUGAGUAUUCCAAUGACAUCCUUUUGCAUCUUAUUGAUCGUCUUGUUCAGCGGAAUUUUAUCAUGGAGGAAUUUGGUGUGGAAGCAAAGGAGAGGAUUGCUAUGUGGGAGCCAGAUAAGGAGGCGUGGAAGAGACUCUGCAUCAGCUUUCUCAAGGGUCGUUUGUGACGAAAAUGGAAUAUAAAUAAUGGUGACAAGUUUUGGAUAUAAUGAAAUAAUAUAUAUGGAGGAGGAGGAUUAAUUCUAGAAGUUAAUAGGUCAAUUAAUUAUGUUAAUUACCUCCACUAAUGUAGUACGUGGGGGGAAUUGCACAGCUUUGCAUUAGGUUGACAGCCACUAGUUGUGAAUUAUGAUAAUAUGCAGUUGAAUUAUCGUUUACCAAUGGUCCAAAUUUCAGCAAUAAAUUUUAGUUUUCUUCUUUUUAAAUUUGGAUUCUUAGUUUUUUUUGUUAUGAUGAAAUUGGGUUUCUCUUUUUUCUUUA